CGCCUUCUCUUUCAGCUUCUCUCUCUCUCUUCAACUAAUAACAAAAGGAUUAGUUGACACAGAUCGAUAGAAAUGGAAAAAGUGAGAGACAUCGUGAGAGAAGGGAAAAGAGUGGCAAAAGAAGACCCCAGGAGAGUUGUUCACUCUUUCAAAGUGGGUCUUGUUCUUUCCUUAGUCUCUUCCUUCUAUUAUUACCAACCUCUCUACGACAGCUUCGGUGUUAAUGCAAUGUGGGCUGUCAUGACCGUUGUUGUCGUCUUCGAAUUCUCUGUUGGGGCCACGCUCGGGAAAGGACUUAACAGAGUAGGGGCAACACUAUUUGCGGGGGCACUUGGUAUCGGAGCUCAUCACCUUGCGAGCUUGUCUGGCCCAACAGGAGAACCCAUUCUUCUCGCAGUUUUCGUCUUUAUACAAGCUGCCUUGUCCACGUUUGUGAGGUUCUUCCCGCGGGUGAAAGCGAGAUAUGAUUACAGUCUCUUGAUAUUCAUACUCACCUUUGCGUUGAUAUCAGUGUCGGGAUUCAGAGAGGAACAAGUUCUCGUGUUGACUCAUAAGAGAAUUUCCACUGUGAUCAUGGGAGGACUCAGUUGUGUCCUUAUCUCUAUUUUUGUCUGCCCUGUUUGGGCAGGCCAAGAUCUUCAUUCUCUCCUCGCCUCUAACGUUGAGAAACUCUCUUUCUUUUUGCUAGAUUUUGGGGACAAGUACUGUGAAACUGUAAAAGAUGGUGACACCAAGGAGGUUGAUAAACGCAAAAAUGAUUUUGACAACUACAAAAGUGUUCUCAACUCAAAAAGCAAUGAAGAAUCUUUGGCUAAUUUUGCUAAAUGGGAACCUGGUCACGGCCAAUUCAGAUUCCGCCAUCCUUGGAAACAAUAUCUAUCCAUAGGUGGAUUAAUCAGACAAUGUGCUUAUCGGAUUGAUACCCUGAAUUCAUAUCUAAAUGCAGACAUUCAGGUGUCAAUUAAUAUAAGAAAAAAACUAGAAGAACCGUUGAGAAGAAUGAGUUUGGAAUCAGGAAAAGCAUUGAAAGAAAUGUCAGUUUCGUUAACGAAAAUGAUCAAACCAUCUUCUUCCGAUCUUCAUGUCCAUAACGCACAAUCUGCCUGCAAAUCCCUCACCAGCUUACUUCAUUCAGGCAUCUUGAAAGAUGUUGAGCCACAAGAAUUAAUCUCAAUUCUGACGGCAACUUCCUUGCUCAUUGAUAUCAUUAACCUGACUGAGAAGAUCUUGGAAUCUCUACAUGAACUUGCAUCAGCUGCAAGAUUUAAGGACGAGAUUGAGCCGCCUAUUUUCGCCAAGAAACCAAAUUCCAGAAGCAUUGUUUGUGGCUGGGCGACCAAAGGUCAAGAUGAUCAUGUUGUCACAAUUGUUAAGGAUGAUUGUUACAACGACAAUAAAUCAGAAAAAGAUAAUCGGUCGAACCAGGUUUUGAUCCACGAAAAACAUGAAGAUUGUCUACAUGAGAAACAUGAAGAUGAUGAUGCACAUGUACAUUCGAGUUGUGAUUCUUGUGGUCACACUAGUCUCCGUGUUAUUGUAGAAUGCAGAUAAUGAGAAUUUCAUGUAUUCAUAAGAACUAUUAUUGUUAUCAUUUUUUUUUUGUAACUUAACUAUUAUUGUUAUCAUUUGUUUUUUUUUUUGCUUAAAUUAUAAGACAGUCAAGAGUUGUGUGCGAAGCUUAA